CGCAUCACCGAGCAAGAGACUGCUUGAUCAAGAAAGAUGGACACGUCGCUCAUGUGUGAAGUCUGCAACGUCCCCAACGACAUCCGCGCACCGUGCUGCAAGCGCUGCAAGCAGCCGGUCCGGUCCGACUCGGAGAAGCUCCUCAUCCUCCUCAAGCGCUUCGACCGCUUCUCGACGCUCCAGUCGUCCGAGCCGCCGGCCAAGAUCGAAGCCGAGCUCGACGCGACCAAGGCGUCGCUGAGCUCUCUUGCGGCCGAGCGCGACCAGCUCCAGCGCGAGAACUACGAGCUGACGCGGCGCCUCCAGCAGCUCUCGUCCUUUGACAAGGAGCCCGAGUACGAGGACAAGAUCCAUGCGCUCGAGAGUCAGCUCCAGGAGCUUCAGUCGUCGCAGCAGUCGUUCGCGGCCAACUUGCACAUGCUCACGUUCAUUCCCGCUGCGCACUUCAAGCUCCAGCGGUCGAUCCCGACGUCGUCGUCCAGCGUCUUCCAGCUCGACGUCGGCACGAUCGACGGCAAGCCCGUCGUGCGCAAGCAGCUCUUCCGCACCGACGCGAGUGACGCGGCCGUCGUCACGUUCAAAGAGUCGAUCGCGCUGCUCGCCAAGCUGGGCGGCGCCGACGGCACGGCCGUCUCGCUCCUCGGCACGUCGGGGCUCUCGCAAGGCCACACGCAAGUGUACCUCGAGUACCUCGAGCUCGGCGAUCUCCACAGCGUCCUCCGCGCCGGCCCAUCGCUGACCUGGGCGACGCGCCUCCGCAUCGCGCUGCACGUCGCGCGUGCACUGAGCCAGCUUCACGCGCUCGACCUCGUGCACAAGCGCAUCCACUCGUCGCACGUGCUUCUCGGCGCGGGCUACGUGGCCAAGCUCUCGGGCUGGACCCAAGCACGAGCGACGGCGCGACUGGACGAGCAGGCCGACAUGCGCUGGGCCGCGCCCGAGCUCUUUGCCGACCGCGCGCUCCCAACGUCGACCGCCGACAUCUACUCGCUCGGCCUGCUUCUCGUCGAGCUCGACACGGCCGAGGCGCCGUACGCCCACGUCCGCGACCGCCGCGGCAAGCCCGUCGGCGACCUCACGCUCAUCGACCUACUGCGCCGGGCGACACCGACCGACCUCGUGCUCCAGCACGCGUUCCGGGACAGCCCCGAUUGGUACCGUGCGCUCGCUACCCGGUGCACGGACCUCGACCCGCGCCGCCGCCCGUCCUCUGUCGAGGUCGUCCGGCACCUCGAAGCGCGCCUCUUCCCGCAGGUCCAUACCACGAGUGGGCUGCCGCCGCUCGUGCUGCGCGUGACGGUGCUGAGCGCAUCGUCGCUGUUGCAUGUGGCCGACAUGGGCGACAUGCCGUCGUUCGUCUCGCUGCAUCUCCACGACGCGACGGCAACGACGCAGGCGUCGGUUGACUACACGUGGGACGAGACGUUUGAGUUUAGUGCGCUGCAUCUCAUGGAGUCGACGCUCGAGGCGCAGAUUCGGUACGGCCGCAGCGGACAGAUUGGCGUCGUGCACCUGGCGCUGGCCAAGGUCAUGGACGAGCUCGACGAGCUCCAGGCGUGGACGCGCUGGCUGCCCGUGCAGAGCCGCGGCGACCCGCACGGCUACCUCGUGCUUAAGCUCGAAAUCAAGGGCGAUGUCGAGGCCUGGAUGGGUGCCUAUGUGCAGUCGCUGCCGCGGCUCCAAGACACAAAGGAGCCGUUGAUGCAAGCCAAGAUCUCGCGCGCAACGACCGUGUUCCAGACGCUCAAGGCCCGUCGCAGCAUCGUGCGGCAAGGCGGGUCUCGGCUGCGGCCAUAGAUAAUAGAAGACGCAG